AUGAACGUGAAGAACGCCUACACACCAACUGGCUUCGAAAAAUAUGGCUGUACCUGCGCAGUCGCAGACUACAGAGUAAAUUUCUCCGUAUGGGACACCUCUGGUACUGCUAAAGGUUUUGUUAGGAUUUUCGACAAUAGUGAUAAUGGUACAGCAGCCUACGACACAGUGAGACCACUCGCCUACCAAGACGCCAGAGUUUUCAUGCUCUGCUUCAACAUAGCCGAACCUGAGACCUUGCACAACGCUGCCGCUAAGUGGUACAGAGAAGUUAGAACUCAUGGGGGUUCAGCUCCGGUACUGCUCUGCGGCUGCAAGGCUGACCUGAGACAUGAGAAGGAAACGCUCACCAUGCUGUCCAAGCUUAGAUCACACCCAGUCACCAGCGAAGAGGCUUUAUCAGUAGCAAGACAGCUGGGAGCGAUGACCUACGUAGAGACGUCAGCCAGAGCUUCCACAAAGGGCGUCAAAGAUGCCUUCGAAGUAGCUGCAUUAGCAGCCCUCGGCAAACUAAACAAGCAGCAGAUGAAACAACAGAAGCAAGUGGGUCGCAGCAAAAGCAAGCGCGACUUGAAAGCUGAGCUCAAAGGGCGCGCGAAGAGUUGCUGCGUCAUGUGA